GCAGUUAAGUUGACAGCACCCAAUGUUAGAUUGAAAAUGGCUCCCUUCCUUUAUUUGACCCAUGUGUGCAAUUGCAAAUUUAAUUGUGGCCCCAUAAAUAACAAGAUGUGGAUUAAUUAUAGUUGAUUUGUAUAUGUAUAUAUAUGUAUGUCACCUAUAUAAAUAAUGCCAAUACAUCCAAAACUUCUCUAAGUGGCCUAACUUCUAUCCAUAAAAUACCCAUUCUGUCCUUGAAGGUUUACACUCCAAACCCUACUUUUUCCUUAUCCUUUUCACAUUCAAAACUUUUGCUUUGGUCUUAGGAAGAAAUAUCCUACCCUCCCUCUUUUUAGUAUUUAAGUUCACUAUCCCUAACUUUGAAACAAAAAAAACAAAAGAAAGGUGAUUUCCAUUCCAAUGGACUACCCUCUUUUCCAUUCCUACCAUCCUUCCCUUGAUUCUUCCUCCCUACCCUUCAAUGAAAACGACUCUGAAGAAAUGCUUCUCUACGGGGUUCUUUCAGAGAAGUUGUCUGUCGACCCAACUUCCUCGGAUCAUGAAGUCAGUUCAAAGUCCGAGGAAGUUGUUAACAACUCCAAGUCGGAGAAGAUCUACCGGGGUGUAAGGAGACGACCUUGGGGUAAAUUUGCAGCGGAGAUUCGUGAUUCUACGAGGAACGGGAUAAGAGUUUGGCUAGGAACGUUCGACACCGCGGAGGCCGCCGCACUAGCGUACGACCAGGCAGCCUUCGCGAUGAGGGGUUUGAACGCCACCCUCAAUUUCUCGGUGGAGACGGUUAGAGAGUCGUUGAUGGAGAUGAGGUGUAUCGUGGAGGAGGAAGGUUCUCCGGUAGCAGCAUUGAAGAAGAGACACUCGAUGAGGAGGAACUCCGGGAAAAAGAGGAAAGAAAAAGAAGUAAAGGCGGAGGUGAAUAUAGUGGUGUUUGAGGAUUUAGGAUCAGCAUAUUUGGAAGAGCUCUUAAGCUCAAGUGAAAUUCCAAACCCUUGGUAAGUGGUGGGUGAAUCUAACAAUAGAUAUUCAAGUCAUUAUUUACUUUCUACACCUUUUUUUUAUUACAUGCAAGUGUUUUUUUUUUCAUUGUAAUGGUUUUUGACAUGGCAAUGAUAUGUGUAAUUAGGUGAUAAAUGUGGUUAUGUAAAUUUCCAUACAAGUAAAUAUAUUUUUGGGUUAAGAAAAAUUGAAGACUAUUAUUAUGGGGAAAAUUAAAUGAAUAAAUGGUCAAUCAUAAUGCUUAGCUAUUAUGGUCCACCAUCAUGUGAUGUACAAAAUUAGUAUUUUGUUUAUGUUCAACGCAAAGAAACUUUGUACAUUUUUAGAAUAGAUUAAUGAAGAAUUUCGAUAAAUA